AGUUUCAUUCGAGCAUAGGAACUUGCUACAAAGAAACAAAAUCAUGGGUGGAAACGAAAAUCAAAAGAAGUACAAAAGCGAAGAAGACUUUCCAGAUUUGAGCAAGCAUAACAACUGGAUGGCAAAAUGCUUAACUCCAGAAAUUUAUGCUAAAAUUAGAGAUAGAUCAACUCCAAGUGGUUAUACUUUGGAUCAGGUAACUAUAAACUUUUUUAUGUCCAGUUACUUUAAAGAAAAGAAACUAUGUCAAAUCUUAUUAAGGAGCUGAUUCCAUAACGCUAGAAAAAAUAUAUUACAGCAGAAUAGAGAAAAACUAAUCUUAAGAGAAAUUCCGACUUUUUUCUCUCUGCUUGUCUGUCUGUCUGUCUGUCUACAUCUCUCUCUCUCUCUUUCUUUCUUUCUCUAUCUAGUUUUCUAGUUUAAUAUUCCUUUAACGUCUCGCGAUAUUAGUUCAUUGUUAAAGUAUAAGAAAGAGCUAACCUUAUCUCGCUUUUUAUGACGUUUUUUUUUUCAAGGUUAUAAAGGAAAUGUAUUAAGUUAAAAAUUUCAUGAAAGUAGGUUGUAUUAGAUGAUGCGCAUCGAAGGAUUUAGUUUUAAUAAUAUAUAAUCUCAAAUGACCAUUCGAUCUCAUUCUGAGACGGCUAUGUUUUAUAGAGAGAGAGAGAGAGAAGAGAGAAACUCGCUUUUAUUUCAUUGACCAAACUAUACAAUUUACAAAUUCUCUGGCAACAUUAGGGGUAUUAAUUGCCUAUCCACUCGAGCCUUUGUAGGAAACUAAGUAGGCGGAAAGAAGAAGAAGAAAAAAAAAACAACCUACAAUCUUUUAUUGCUUAUAGAUCUUUUCUAACGUUGAUAAAUUCCCUUAAAAGCAUCAUCUGUGCAACGCUAAACUUCUCUCUUCACUUUAUUUACAUACAAAAUUCCAAGUGAUAUCCUAUAAGAUAUUAAAGAUUUUCUUCCUAGUAAUAUUUAUAGAAUCUAUAUUGUAUGUAGGGUUCUCUAUCUUAAUGAUUAGAAAUUUAUUCAUAAUGUAUUUUCUAUCAAAAUUUCCAUUUGAGCAUCUUAAUUUGGUUAUUUAUGGUUAAGUGAAAUAUAUAACGGUCCAGUGAAUUUAACUCUAGUUAUUCUAAUACGUUUCUUUUCUUCUUAUAAUAUGAGAUGUGUUUGGUGUAUACUGAAAUAUAAAAUUUUAAUAUUGGGAUAGAAAUGGCAUAUUGAGCUUUAUAGGUCAUGAAUUUGGUUGAUUAAGCUCCGAAGUUGUAGAAGUAAAAUAUUACGAAGAAUUCUCUUUUACUCUUAUUAUUUAUAGGCAAUCCAAACUGGCGUUGAUAAUCCCGGUCAUCCGUUUAUCAUGACAGUUGGUUGUGUUGCUGGUGAUGAGGAAUCCUAUGAAGUUUUCAAGGAAUUGUUCGAUCCAGUUAUUGAUGGACGUCAUGGGGGUUAUGGACCUGACCAGAAGCAUCCAUCUGACCUAGAUUUCACUAAACUUGUCGGAGGUGAACUUGAUUCAAACUACGUUCUCUCUUCUCGAGUUAGAACCGGAAGAUCAAUAAAGAACAUCUGCCUUCCACCCUUUUGCACCAGAGGCGAAAGAAGAUUGGUUGAAAAGGUUGUUUGCGAUGCAUUAGCAUCGUUGAGUGGUGAAUUUAAGGGCAAAUACUAUCCCCUGUCUAAAAUGACAGAGAAAGAGCAAGAUCAACUUAUUGACGAUCAUUUUCUCUUCGAUAAGCCUGUUUCUCCCCUCCUAACUUGCGCUGGAAUGGCCAGAGAUUGGCCUGAUGCAAGAGGUAUCUGGCAUAAUGACGAAAAGUCAUUUUUAGUGUGGAUAAACGAGGAAGAUCAUACCAGAGUUAUCUCCAUGCAAAAGGGAGGAAACAUGAAAGAGGUUUUCAGGAGAUUCUGCGAAGGUUUAACUAAAGUAGAAAAUUCUAUGAAGAGCAAGGGGCAUCAAUUUAUGUGGAAUCAGCAUCUCGGCUACAUUUUAACUUGCCCAUCAAACUUGGGAACUGGAUUGAGAGGGGGUGUCCAUCUUAAAAUACCUCAUCUGUCAAAGGACGAGAAGAGAUUGGAUUCUAUUUUGGAUCUCUUGAGAUUGCAGAAGAGAGGAACUGGUGGAGUAGAUACUGCAGCUGUCGGUGGAACCUACGAUAUUUCGAACUCGGAUAGACUUGGAUUCUCCGAAGUGCAACUCGUACAAUGGGUUGUUGAUGGUGUUAAACUUCUUAUUGAGAUGGAAAAGAAAUUAGAGAAGGGCGAAAAGAUCGAUGAUCUUAUUCCGAAAGAAAAGAAGAAGUAAACGAAAAAGAUAACCAUCUACUAUGAACCCCUGCAUGAUUUUCAAAGGACAACCUCUUUCUUCCUUGUUAGUAGCAGAAUAUAUGAAGUCCGGAAAAUCAGGCCCACCAUUCGUAUUUAUUGGAGUCCUUGAAAGUGUAGAUUUAGUCGAUAGUUGAUAAUUUUCUGAAUCAAUCGGAAGUAAAUAAUAAUAAAAAUAAUAAAAACAUUUACUUCACGUUUCUCCAAUAAACAAGCAAGGCUACUUUUAGCAUUAAAAAAAGAAUAAAAAAUACACAUUUUAUCUCUUAUUUAUUCAUACUGUCCUAGAUUUUGAAUAGUAUAUAGAAAUAUAAGAAUAUAUAGGAUUUCUCAUUGACUGAUGGGUAAUCUUAUGAAAUUUUCUUUCUUAUUUAUUUUAGUAUUUCACUCUUUCUUCACGUCUAGUUACAAUGUCAAUCUUUAACAGUGUAUAGGGAAAUUAUAUUAUAGGUUGAUGAACUUUGGUGUUAGCGACACCUAGUGCUUUAAAUUAUCAUAUUACGUCAUUUGAUAAAAUCAGAUCGUUACAAAGCCC